CAUGACAGAAAUGUGUCAAUAACUGCCUGGUGAGAAAGGGAAUGGGAAGCUAUCAUUGAAAUGCAUGGCGAACAGUUUGAUGACAGACUAUCGUUUGGACGCUUGACCAUAUUAAUUAUUUUAUUCCGUACGCUACUAACUUCACCGAUUGUGACUCGUAUCUAUAAUUCAAAAACGUUAAAGCAUGGAGAGGAAAGUUGUGGCCGCUCUCUAGUGUCAGAAGUUAGCUAGCAGCCAAGCUAGCUAGCCCACUUAGCCUGGCUGUAGUCACCUGAUCUGACUAGCUACUGAUAGCUAGUAGCAUCAGUCUUUUUGGUGGCGGAGUUUGGUCAGCAGUGGUUCCCUCGUCCUCCAGCGGGGUGUUGUUAUUGGUGAAGUGAGGACAGUUCGGCUCGUCCAGAUAUCUUGUCAUGGAGGACCCAUUUGACAGUGAGCGAGCGUCCCUGCCCAGGAACAUGAUAGAGAACAGUAUGUUUGAGGAGGAACCUGAUGUAGUGGACCUGGCCAAAGACUCUACAGCCUUCCCGGAGUUCCCGGCAUUGGACCCAGAUGAGGUGGUGUACGAGCCCCGUAGCUCCCGUCUGCUGGUGCGAGGUCUGGGAGAAAACGACCUGGACGAUGAGGAGGAGGACUAUGAGUCGUCAGCCCGCCUACUGGGCAUGUCCUUCAUGAACAGAAGCUCUGCCCGCAGUCCUAGCGCCUCCCCUUACAUUAGACAGGCUCCACCCAGGUCAUGUUCCCGCCCCUCGGCUCGUAUGCUGGUGGUGGGCGUGUUCAUCUUGGUACUGGUCACGUCCAUGGCGAUGGUUCUCUAUUUCCUGCCUGGCUGUACCUUCACUAAGGCUGGCUGUCCUAAGGCUAACUCCUCCACUCCUAUGGAGCUGGUCUAUCCUAAAAGCACCAAUGGGGAGCUGUUUCCUUGGAAUGAGCUACGCCUCCCAGCCAGUGUACGACCUGUAAACUACGACCUCUCCUUGACCCCUGACCUGACUUCCAUGACCUUCACCGGCCGCACCAUCAUCAACAUGAUUAUACAACACGACACCAAGCGCAUCGUUUUGCACAGCUCCGAGAUCAAUAUCAUCAAGGCAAUCUUUCAGGUUGGAGAGGGUAAGAGUGUUGAGGUGAAGGUGUUGGAGUAUAAACCAUGGCAGCAGAUAGCUGUCAGCUUCCCAGAGGAUCUGAAGGAAGGCCAGGUGUGUGUGUUAACAUUGGACUACACAGCCAGCCUUUCACACGCCUACGACGGCUUCUAUAACAGCUCCUACAAUGACAAGACUGGAGCCAAGAGGGUCCUAGCUGCCACACAGUUUGAGCCCCAGGCAGCCAGGAAGGCCUUCCCCUGUUUUGACGAGCCUGCCUUUAAAGCCACCUUCCUGGUCAGGAUCACCAGAGAACCUGAAUACAUCGCUCUGUCCAACAUGCCCAAGGCUAAGACGACUACGUUACCCAGCGGCAUGCUGGAGGAUGAGUUUGAGCAGACUAGUGUUAAUAUGAGCACCUACCUGGUGGCCUUCAUCGUAGCCAACUUCACCAGCAUCACUAGAAAUGUAUCCAAUACACUGGUGUCAGUGUACUCUGUGCCAGAGAAGGAGGAACACACACAGUAUGCUCUGGACACCGCGUCCAGGUUGCUGCAGUUCUACAACACCUUAUUUGACAUCGACUACCCUCUGAGGAAACUGGACCUGGUUGCUAUCCCAGACUUCCUGGCGGGAGCGAUGGAGAACUGGGGUCUGAUCACCUUCAGAGAGACCAGCCUUUUGGUACAAAACCAGUCCUCUCCUCUCGACAAACAACUAAUCGCUAACGUCGUAGCCCACGAACUCGCUCACCAGUGGUUUGGGAACCUGGUGACGAUGCGCUGGUGGAAUGACCUGUGGCUCAGCGAGGGCUUCGCCACCUACUGGCAGUACGCAUCUCUAAUGACAGAGUUCCCACAGCUGUACAUAGGCAAUGUGUUCCUGGAGCAGCGGUUCAAGGCAAUGGCCAAAGAUUCUCUGAACUCCUCCCACCCAGUCUCAGUGUCGGCCCAGGUGACCACACCUGAACAGGUGUCUGAAAUGUUUGACUCGAUCACCUAUGAGAAGGGUGCGUCCCUCCUGCUGAUGUUGAACUCUACUCUGCCAGACGGUCAGUUCAGGAAAGGACUUAUCAAGUACCUGUGUCAAUACAGAGGAUCUAACACGGUGACUGACGACCUCUGGAACAGCAUCACACAGGCCCAAGUGCUUCCCCAGCAGGAGAGUGUGUCAGACAUGAUGAGAACAUGGACGCUGCAGAAAGGCUUCCCAUUGGUUACCGUCAGCCGCAAGGGUGGUGAGGUGACCCUUACACAGGAACACUUCCUGCUCUCCACAGACAACACCACACACACCUCCAGCCUGUGGCACAUCCCUGUGACAUACGUGAAUGACAGCUGUAGCUCUGCCCCUUCCUGCAGACAGAUGUUCACUCUGAGGAAUAAGACGGCGAAUCUGAAGGUGUCAGAGAGUGUGAAGUGGCUGAAGUUGAACUACAUGAACACGGGCUUCUAUAUAGUUCACUAUGGAGACGAGGGCUGGGCAGCUCUCAUAGACGCUCUAAAGACUGACGUCAGCACACUCACACCCCACGACCGCGCUUCGCUCAUACACAACAUCUUCUCCCUGUCCAGGCUGGGUCGUGUGUCCUUCCGUCAGGUUCUCAGUCUGUUGGACUAUACUACCAAUGAGACUGAGACUGCUCCUCUGACAGAGGCCCUAUCACAGCUCAGCUCUGUCUACAGACUACUGGACAAGAGACAGGAGCUAAGACUGGUGGCCCGCAUGAAGGCGUACAUCUUGGGUCAUUUUGGCUCUCUGAUGGACAGUCAGGACUGGGGAGUGGAGGAGAGUGUCUCCAGUCAGGAGCUGAGGUCAGCCCUGCUAGAGGUGGCAUGUAGUCUUCGACGGCAGAACUGUACUGACCAGGCCACGGCCCUCUACGAACAGUGGACCAACUCGAACCAAACCAAUCGCAUCCCAGGUGAUCUUCAGCGAGUGGUGUUUUCUGUAGCAGCCCAGUCUGACUCUGGUUGGCUGUCUCUGCUGGACACCUACAGACUCACCACUUAUGACUCGGAGAAACGCAAGAUACUGCAGGCCCUCGCCUCCACACAGGACCCACGACGCAUCGUAUGGAUUCUGAGUGCGGUGCUCGAGGGAGGGAUUAUCCACACCCAGGAGCUGCCAUUGGUCAUCAGCACUGUGAGCGACGGCUUCGCUGGCCACUUGUUCGUCUGGGACUUUGUCAAAGAGAGCUGGGACAGGAUCAUAGAGAAGUUUCCAGUGGGGUCCUAUCCCAUCCAGAGCAUCAUCAAGUCCACCACCUCCCAGUUCUCUACUCAGACACACCUGGAGGAAGUCCAGGGUUUCUUCUCCAGUCUGAAGGGGCGGGGCUCUCAGAUGCGUAGCGUCCAGGAGGCUUUAGAGACCAUCAGACUGAACCAGCACUGGAUGGACAGGAACCUCGCAACACUUAGAGACUGGCUCUAACAUGGCCGCUUGGCAACGGUAGCCCUCGACAACCUGUUCUGGGGACCGUGUUGGCAUGGCAACAGCAGCUUUUGCACUGUCGUAGGGCUUGUCUCAAAUGAUCUCAUAUUCCCCUUUUUGUUACUACUUUUUUAACUACUUUUCGCUAGGGAUGGGCACGGUUAAUCGAAUAUCCGGAUAUACGGACAGACAUUAGUAUUCGAUGACUUGAGUGUUCAUUUAUGGAAGAAUCAAAAUUAGAAGCUUAUUUUUUUUUUAGCAAUGGAAAAAGCUUUGUCUAAAUUAAAUGAAGCAAGGCAACAGUAAACAUGUUGUCCCCCACAAAUGAUGCAGAAAUCUAAAUGGCAGAAAAUCCAUCAUGGCGGACCUUAUUGUCUUUGUGAGGAGAGGAACCUCUGUACCGAAUGUCAUGACAUUAGGUCAAACGGGUGAGGGGCGUGACCUUUCAAAGAUUGCAUUUUCAAUCUCGUUAUAGCGCCACCAUCUGGACAUAACUGUAAUUUUGUAAAUGCCGUAUCUCUAUGGCAAUACGCAUUAUUCACCCAAGUUUCGUCAAUCGGGCCAGUGCUAUCUGAAAUAUUGCGUGUAAAGACAGAUCGGGGAGGACAAUUAUACUUGGGACAUUUUUACCUACAAGGAUAUACAGAUAACUGCCAAAAUAAAGGACACACCAACAUAGUGUCUUAAUCUCUCUAGGGGACGUGAGACGUUAGCAUUCCACCUCUUCAACAGCCAGUGAAAGUGCAUGGCGCCAAAUUAAAAACAACAGAAAUCCCAUAAUUAAAAUUCCUCAAACAUACAUGUAUUUUACAUAAUUUUAAAUAUACACUUAUUGUAAAUCCAGCCACAGUGUCCGAUUUCAAAAAAGCUUUACGACGAAAGCAAACCAAACGAUUACGUUAGGUGAGUGCCUAUUCACAGAAUAACACCGCCAUUUUUCCAGCCAAAGAGAGGAUUCACAAAAAGCAGAAAUAUAGAUAAAAUGAAUCACUAACCUUUGAUGAUCUUCAUCAGAUGACACUCAUAGGACUUCAUGUUACACAAUACAUGUAUGUUUUGUUUGGUAAAGUUCAUAUUUAUAUCCAAAAAUCUGAGUUUACAUUGGCGCGUUAUGUUCAGUAGUUCCAAAACAUCCUUUGAUUUUGCAGAGAGCCACAUCAAUUUACAGGAGUACUCAUAAUAAACAUUGCUAAAAGAUAUAACAGUUAUGCGUGGCAUUUUAGAUGCAAUUCUACUUAAUGCAAACGCUGUGUCAGAUUUCAAAAAAGCUUUACGGAAAAAGAAAACCAUGCAAUAAUCUGAGUUGGCGCUCAGAGCCCAAUCAAGACACAAAUAUAGCCGCCAUAUUAUGCAGUCAACAGAAGUCAGAAGUAACAAUAUAAACAUUCACUUACCUUUGAUGAUCUUCAUCAGAAUGCACUCCCAGGAAUCCCAGUUCCACAAUAAAUGUUUGCUUUGUUCAAUUAUGUCCAUCAUUUAUGUCCAAAUUCCUCCUUGUUGUUCUAGCGUUCAAUACACUUUCCAAACUCACGACGCGCGGGCAGGUCCAGCGGAAAGUACGGACGAAAAGUUUAAAAAGUUAUAUUACAGUUUGUAAAAACAUGACAAACUAAGUAUUUAAUCAAUAUUUAGGAUGUUUUUAACAUUCUUCAAUAAUGUUCCAACCGGAGUAUUCCUGUGUCUUCAGAAUUGCGAUGGAACAGAGCUCGCUCUCACGUGAAUGCCCAUGGUCAGAGCAUGUUCAGGUCAUGGCAGACCUGACUCAUUCCUCUCUCCUUCGGCCCCACCAAACAGUAGAGGCAUCAGACAAGGUUCUAACGACUGUUGACAUCUAGUGGAAGCCUUAGGAAGUGCAACAUUACCAAUAUCCCACUGUAUCUUCAAUAGGAGCUGAGUUGAAAAUCGACCAACCUCAGAUCUCUCACUUCCUGGUUCGAUUUUUUAUCAGGUUUUUGCCUGCCUGAUGAGUUCUGUUAUACUCAUUCAAACAGGUUUAGAAACUUCAGAGUGUUUUCUAUCCAAAUCUACUAAUAAUAAGCAAAUUCUAGCUUUUAUGGCUUUGUAGCAGGCCGUUUACUCUGGGCAUGCUUUUCAUCCGGACGUGAAAUUACUGCCCCUACCCCAAAGAAGGUAAUAGGGUGUUGGGCCAGCACGAGCCGCCAGAACAGCUUCAAUGCGCUUUGGCAUAGAUUCUACAAGUGUCUGGAACUCUAUUGGAGGUAAGCGACACCAUUCUUCCGUGAGAAAUUCCAUAAUGUGGGGUUUUGUUGAUGGUGGUGGAAAACACUGUCUCAUGCAACGCUCCAGAAUCUCCCAUAAGUGUUCAAGAACGGGUGACUGACCCACCCACCCACACUCUUUAAACCCCCUAUGCUCCUUUGAGACCCCUCUUUCAAAGUAACAGAUCUCUUCUAGCCAUGGUAGCCAAAAUAAUGGGCAACUGGGCAUUUUUAUACAUGACUCUAAGCAUGAUGGGAUGUUAAAUGCUUAAUUAACUCAGGAACCACACCUGUGGAAGCACCUGCUUUUAAAAUAUACUUUGAAUCCCUCAUUUAUUCAAGUGUUUCCUUUGUGUUGGCAGUUACCUAUACCAUGACAUUUGAAAUUCUUAAUUUAAUAAAACAACAUUUUGAAUGUAGCUAGUUUUUAUAACAGUGUGUUGCGCUACUGCUGCACAUUUAGGCCUACAGGCAUGCUAUUUUUCCCACUUCAAAUAGCGAUUUACAGGCACUCAUAUUACUGAGUUUCCACAAUACCUGACAGAUCAUUGAAAAACACUCACCAGAAAACCUUUUUGUAACAGAAUCAGUUCCAUCUUGGUGAAAAUCAGACUUCUCUUUCGCUGUUGCUGUUAGCCAACCUCCUGGAGGAAAGCAGCAUAUCUGCUGUUUACCUCUGCCGUGUGCAUUUUCCUCAUUCUGAUUGGUCGGCAGUCAAUAUCCGGAUAUCCGAAACAGUAUCAUGAUAUAUUAUUUGAAUAGUAAAAUAAUUUCAAAGGCCCAUCCCUACUUUUCGCAAUGAUCAGAAGUAGUGCACUUUACUGUAUAGGGAACAUGGUGUUAUUUUUAGGCUUGUCCUAUUAGUUUAUUUAGUAGUAUUUAGCUCAGGGUGAACUCAAAUUCCUCUCUCUAUGCUGUUGAGCAAACUUCACCUACAGCGUUCACCACAACACCAUGCCUGGAUACAGCAGCCUGUACUUUCUUUCAAACUCGACGUGCUUCACAUUGUAUGGAGGUAACUCGCCCCUUCCGCCACCACAUAGUCUAUGUGUAGCAGCCACCUGAGAAAUAAUAAGGAAAGGAAGAGAACAUGCUGUGUGUCAUCAACGCUGGCCCUUUGUCAUCAGUAUGCGUCACCUGUGAAACUCAUGGUGCAGUGACUAACUGCUCUCUCAGGCCCUGGCCCUGACACCAACCUCCUCAUGACUGUCCUACUGACUGUGAGCAGUGGGGGAGAUGGGAGAAUGUCUGUUGAAGGCCAGAGUGGGGCUACAGAGCUGAUACACAAUGCAAAGGGGUUAGGUGACAGUGUAGACAGCAUGCUACCCAGGCUACAGCAAAACAUGUACAGCUCGUCAUGUUGAAGGAACAUGAAAAUACCUUCUCACUGUUUAGAUGCUCCCAAAGUUCUACUGUACCACAUUUCCACCACUAGGUCUUUUUAUUUAGACCUCAAGAAGUAUUGGUCGGAUAGUGGAAACGUUGCUGAAAUGUUGUUUGAUGAAUCUUGAAGUAUCUAACCCCCCCCCCCCCCCCCCCCCCCCCAGCACUCCCUGUGAGCACUUCUUCUGUUGAUGUAACUUUAUUUGUUACAUUUUGACAGUUAAAGGAAAACUCCACCCAAAAAUGAUAUUUUGGUAUUUAUUUCAUUAGUCCAUUGUUGAUAUAGUCCCAAAACCGCUUUUCUACUUUUCCUUUGCAUAUGAGGCAAUCUGUACAGAAUAUUUCACUCUCACAAUGCUUGUAAAGAUGUAAUUAUUAUUACUCCUAUCUCUACCUUGCUUUUUGCUUGUCAUAUUUUGUGUGAGCAGAUCUCUCACUUGUUGUUUAAGUUUGGUUUCUGUUGUGUGUGUGUGUGUGUGUAUAUAGUGUGUACAGAGUAAUAACACGUAGACAUAAGAGUCCCGGUCAAAUGCUCUUAAUGGUUUUGUCUUUACUAAACAAUGACGUAUACUGAUUUUUAAUGUUGGCUCACUUCAAUGCUUCAUGUUCGAAUAUGGCAGGGUUUCCCAAACUCUGCCCCCCCCCCCCCCCCCCCCCCCCAAAAAAGGGUGAAUAUUUUGGUUAAAAUACAGGGUUGCCUGAUUAUGUCUCUGUCUUUUCCAUUAAAGGACUUGACAGUGAGCGACCCAACAGUGUUGCGACUGUAGAGCUGGGUAGAGUCGUUUUCUAUGCCGUGUCUGUAGUCCAACCAAGUGGAUAAUCAGAAAGUAAUUUCACCAGUUUAAGUUCUGUCAUUGGUUAGCCUGGCUCAGUCAGGGCUAGGUUACGUUGUCUCACUGUGUGUGAGGUUUAAGGUAUUCAGUUCUGUAUGGUAGCCUUGUUGUUGACGUAAUUGUUUCAGCCUCCCAGCUGGCUCUGUUAGAAGUUCCCUGUAGGAACAGAUCUAGGGCCAGUUACACCCACCAAAGCCAAUGAAGACCUUAACCAAACAUGGAGCUGACCUUGGAUCAGUGUUUAGGGGCAUCUUCAUGCUACCUCCGCUCUGCUACAGCAGCACUAGCUCCAGUGGUCACCCACUGAAUGUCCUGAAGGAACUCUUCUAUUACAAAACAGCAUGACCAAUGACUGAGUGUCUAGCUAGCUCCUCUUCUGUUUAGAUUAGCCUCCGAUGUCUGUGUAUCUCCUGUUGGUACUGGCUCAUUCUGAAGGAGGAUUUACUUCCCUGUCUCACUCUGAAUGUUAUGUCAUGUUGAAAACAUUGGAAAAACCAGGUCAUAUUGGUGGUUAUAUUUAUUUUUUAUUUCACCAGGUAAGUUGACUGAGAACACGUUCUCAUUUCCAGCAAUGACCUGGGGAAUAGUUACAGGGGGGAUGAAUGAGCCAAUUGAUAGCACUAUGAAAUCAAAUAUGUUAGCUUUGGUGCAGAAUUGUGAAUCAUUGUUGAUUUUUAGAUGUUAAUCAUUCACUCACUCACCAGAAAACAGCCCGUACUGUACCUCAGAGCUCAGGGAGAUAUGUUAGAAACUGUUAACUCUUCACUGAACCUAACUCUUCACUGAACCUACUGCCAUAAGGCCUACCUAACACUGCCACAAAGAUGACAUAACAUGUUAUAACCCGUCAUUACAAUCUCAUGAAAACGCCCUUUUCCACUACCAUAACUCAAACUAUUAUUUAGGUUUGUUAGAUUUGAUAUCAAGUUAAUUAGCCAAAGCCUACAUAAUGACUGCUUGUUUUCUAUGUCAUUCUUACGACAGUGUUAUAAUGUCUUAUGACAGACGGUUUAGGUGAAGUGUUAGUGUAUGAAGACCCAGAUGGAGGUGGCAUGUCGCCAGGCUGUAGCCUGUCUCUAGAUUAUGAUUCUAUGUUAGUGUAUUCCUAUGCCAAGCCCACCUUGAUUGUUGCUCAUUUUAAACUUUUUUUUGCACUGGGGUUGAAUGAUGCUGAAAAAUGUAAGGCUCUUCAUGCCAUGAAAAAAAUAUAUAUGAAUAAAAAUGUUUUAUGGACUUUCA